CUAUUAAACCCCGCCACGCCACCACCUCCUCCGCAACCGCAACCGCAGCCCCGGCAUCUCACCUCACCUCGUCGCACUCCAACCCCAACCCCAACCCCACACCCAGCCAGCACCCGGAGACGUGUCCGUGCGCGCAGCACCAACCCAGCGGUGCGCCGCAGAAGCAGGCAGGCAGGCCGGUCUGCCAGUGGCGCGCGGCGUGCGGGACGGAGCCAGAGCGCGAGCCGUGACGUGCGGGCGCGGGCCGGGCUAGAGACUCGCCCCUAAGUAGCACCGAUCGACGGACCGGUCAUGCCGAGCGCGCUGGGGAGCGGCUUCGCCGGGUCGGUGAGGCUCAAGUACGUGAAGCUGGGGUACCAGUACCUGGUGAACCACUUCCUGGCGCUGCUGCUGGUGCCGGUCAUGGCGGCCACGGCGAUCGAGCUGGCGCGCCUCGGCCCCGGCGAGCUGCUCGCGCUCUGGCGCGCCCUCCACCUCGACCUCGUGCACAUCCUCUGCUCCGCCUUCCUCGUCGUCUUCGUCGCCACCGUCUACUUCAUGUCGCGCCCCAGGCCCGUCUUCCUCGUCGACUACUGCUGCUACAAGCCCUCGCCCAGCUUCCGGGUGCCCUUCACCACCUUCAUGGAGCACAUCAAGCUCAUCUCCAACAACGACAGGAGCCUCCGCUUCCAGACCCGCAUCCUCGAGCGCUCGGGGCUCGGGGAGGAGACCUGCCUCCCGCCGGCCAACCACUACAUCCCGCCCAACCCCAGCAUGGAGGCCUCCCGCGCCGAGGCGCAGCUCGUCAUCUUCAACGCCAUCGACGACCUCGUCCGCCGCACGGGGCUCAAGCCCAAGGACAUCGACAUCCUCGUCGUCAACUGCAGCCUCUUCUCCCCGACGCCCUCCCUCUCCGCCAUGAUCAUCAACAAGUACAAGCUCCGCAGCAACAUCCGCAGCUUCAACCUCUCCGGCAUGGGCUGCAGCGCCGGCCUCAUCUCCAUCGACCUCGCGCGCGACAUGCUCCAGGUGCAUCCCAACUCGAACGCGCUGGUGAUCUCGACGGAGAUCAUCACGCCCAACUUCUACCACGGGAGCCGGCGGGACAUGCUGCUGCCCAACUGCCUGUUCCGGAUGGGCGCGGCGGCGAUCCUGCUGUCGAACCGGCGGCGGGAGGCGCGGCGCGCCAAGUACAGGCUGGUGCACGUGGUGCGCACGCACAAGGGCGCGGACGACCGCGCGUACCGGUGCGUGUACGAGGAGGAGGACGACGAGGGGCACUCGGGCAUCUCGCUGUCCAAGGAGCUCAUGGCCAUCGCCGGCGAGGCGCUCAAGUCCAACAUCACCACCAUGGGCCCGCUGGUGCUGCCCAUGUCGGAGCAGCUGCUCUUCUUCUUCCGCCUGGUGGGGCGCAAGGUGGUCAACAGCAAGUGGAAGCCCUACAUCCCGGACUUCAAGCUGGCGUUCGAGCACUUCUGCAUCCACGCCGGCGGCCGCGCCGUCAUCGACGAGCUGCAGAAGAACCUGGAGCUGUCGCCGCGGCACGUGGAGGCGUCGCGGAUGACGCUGCACCGGUUCGGCAACACCUCCAGCAGCUCGCUCUGGUACGAGCUCGCCUACAUCGAGGCCAAGGGCCGCAUGCGCAAGGGCGACCGCGUGUGGCAGAUCGGCUUCGGCAGCGGCUUCAAGUGCAACAGCGCCGUCUGGAAGUGCCUCCGCACCGUCAAGACGCCCACCGACGGGCCCUGGGAGGACUGCAUCCAGCGCUACCCCGUCCACAUCCCGGACGUCGUCAAGCUGUGAGGAGCUCAGCUCGCCGCCGGCGGCCGUGCCAUUACCCUGCACGUACGUGUCCCCCGAAACCUGGAGCUCUGUGGGGGUCCCGACCAAAUUAAACCAAUCUCUUUCUCUCCUUUGCUCUCUUUCUUCCUUUUCCUUUUUCUAUUUUUCGUCGCCAUAAAUGGAAUUACAUGGAUACUCGUGGGAUGCGUCACACAAGGAGGGGAUCAUUCAUCAUUCACAGGGAGAUUAGUCGGCUACCCGUAUAUUUAUGUUGAAUUGGAGGACGCUAACGUGGGCGUGCGUGGUUGUUAAAUUGUUCGUGUCACGGAUUUCCACUGCGGUGAAAGGGAUACUUACAUUGGCACUGGGGGCUUUGUCAAUCAAAUUCCCUUCGGUUGUGUAAACCUUCUUCAUGCAUACAUGCAUGCACUUCUUUCUCGGUAUUGCUUGUAGGUUAGUAGAUGAUGAUGUAACUGCCAGUGUGUAUUGUUUGGUGUCGUGUCAUUAGAGGUUUUCAGUUCUUA